AUGCUAAUGUAUCUGCUACAAGCUCCAGACGUCUGUGACAGCAAUAUGACAUUCAACGCAAGUGUGGACUCGGAGUUGACGCAACACAUGCUGUUCGGAUGGGUGGACCACCUGUCUUUCGCACUCAUGCUGGGCCUUUCCGCAGCCAUCGGUAUUUAUUUUGGCGUGUUUGGUCGCGCCAAGAAUACUGCCCAAGUGGACUACCUGCACGGCGGCAAACGCAUGAGGGCAUUUCCAGUCGCAGUGUCACAAGUCUCUAGUCAUACCUCUGGAACCACGCUGAUGGGAGUUCCUGCAGAAGUAUACCUAUACGGCAGCGUCUACGGAUGGGUUUGCUUAUCAGUCAUCAUUUUCGCACUCAUCACCAACUACGUGUUUCUUCCUGUUUUCUUCGAUUUGCAGCUCACAUCAACUUAUGAGUAUUUGGAGCGCCGCUUCAGCCGUACCAUUCGAUUAUUUGCAUCUGGAUUCUUCACGCUCAAUCUGGUGCUUCACAUGCCUUUGUACGUGUACAUGCCUGCUAUCGCACUAAGCCAAGUGUCUGGGAUCAGCGUCCACUGGAUCACUCCUCUGGUUUGCACCGUCUGCGUUUUCUACACUAUGCUGGGCGGCCUGAAGGCGGUGGUGUGGACGGACUUCCUGCAGAGCGGAGUCACGCUGGCAGCCUUCAUCGCGGUGCUUAUCCUGGGGGUGGUGAGCGCCGGCGGCUUCGCAGAGGUGUGGCGGGCCGCCGAUGAGGGCGGCAGGGUCGCCUUCUUCGUGAUGACCCCAGACCCCUUCGUUCGGAGCUCCUUCUGGGCAGUGGUGAUCGGCGCGACGGCAUCAUUCGUGGGAGGCUGCGCCGUCCACCAGGGCAUGGUACAGAAGUUCAUGUCGCUGCCGGAUCUGGCAGCUUGUCGAAAGACCCUGGCUGGCUUCACCUUUGGCAUAAUCCUCAUGAAGGUCAUCAGCGUCUUUACUGGGUUUCUGCUCUAUGCCACCUACCGCGACUGUGAUCCUGUUAAAACCCAUGAGGUGUCUCGUCCCGACCAGCUGCUACCCUUCUACGUGAUGCGGGUGGCCGGCCACGUCCCCGGACUGCCGGGCCUCUUCGUCGCCGGCAUCUUCGGCGCUGCUCUCAGUUCCAUGUCUGGAACUCUCAACGCUCUUUCUGGUACUAUCUACGAGGACUUCCUGCUGCCCCUGAUGCCCAAACGGAAGACAGAUCUGCUGGUGAACUUAAUAAUGCAGGCCAUCGUGCUGGUUGUGGGCAUCAUCACCGUAGGAAUGGUCUACAUUGUCGAGAGGCUGGGAACAAUUCUGGAGCUGGGCUACAGCGUGGGAGGCGUGACGAACGGCUCGCUGCUCGGGAUAUUCACACUCGGCAUGCUGGUUCCCUCGGCCAACACCAAGGGAGCCAUCGCGGGCAGCCUUUGCGGCAUGACCGCCGUGGCGAUCCUCAUAACCGGCGCGCAACACGCCACAGCCACCGGAAGAGUACGAUACCCGCCGCUGCCGACGUCCGUGGAGAGGUGUCCCGGUAACGUCACAGACAGCGUGCACGCCGCCGCAGCAGCCGCCGCGAACAGUGCAUCGGCGGACGACGUGCCGCUGGUGUUCCGGCUGUCGUACAUGUACUACACUGUGGUGGGCGCCCUGAUCGUGGUCACCGUCGGCUGGGUCGUGAGCCGUCUGACGGGUCCUCUGAAGCUCGGCGAGAUCGACCCCAGGCUGCUGGCGCCGCUGGUGCGGCCCGCCGACCACAGAAGAGCGGCCCAGCACGACCCCGCUGCCGCAGUGGAGCUGCUGCCAAGCGGGACUCAGCACAAGCCCGCUACCGACGCCAAGAUCUAG